AACACGCGCCGCGAUUGGCGGGCACCCCGGUGGCCGGGUGUUGUUGCUAGGCUGGGUAAAGAUGGCGGCUCUGGACAGGGUCAAGGUGCUGGUGUUGGGUGACUCCGGUGUCGGAAAAUCGUCGCUCGUUCAUCUCUUGUGCCACAACCAGGUGCUGGGAAACCCGUCCUGGACAGUGGGCUGCUCCGUGGAUGUGCGAAUCCAUGACUACAAAGAAGGAACUCCAGAAGAGAAGACCUAUUACAUUGAGCUGUGGGAUGUUGGAGGUUCCGUGGGCAGUGCCACCAGUGUGAAAAGCACACGAGCAGUGUUCUAUAAUUUGCUGAAUGGGAUAAUUUUAGUGCAUGACUUGACCAACAAGAAAUCAUCCCAGAAUUUGUAUCGCUGGUCUUUGGAAGCACUCAACAGAGAUGUUGCUCCAACAGGAGUUCUUGUGACAAAUGGUGACUAUGACCGUGAACAGUUUAGUGAUAACCAGAUCCCACUGCUGGUAAUAGGAACAAAACUGGAUCAGAUCCCAGAAACUAAGAGGAAUGAAGUUUUGACCAGAACAGCAUUCUUGGCUGAGGAUUUCAAUGCUGAAGAGAUAAAUUUGGACUGCACCAAUCCUCGUUACCUGGCUGCAGGUUCAUCCAAUGCUGUCAAACUAAGCAGGUUUUUUGAUAAGGUCAUAGAGAAGAGAUACUUCUUAAGAGAUGGCAAUCAGAUUCCUGGCUUCUCUGAAAGGAAGAGGUUUGGAGGAGGGACACUGAAGAGCCUUCAUUAUGACUGAGCACCGAAGAAGUGCAAGAUGACUUCUCUGAGUUCCUAAUGACAUUCCCAUUCUGACUGGGUGCUCAAGGACAGUAAUGCUUCUGUCAAACAGAGUAAAAUGAUAUUACAGCUGGCUAGCCUGCUGAAGCUUCUCUUGCUGGAAAAGACUUGGGAAAGGUUUUCCAAAAACCUAAUCUGGAGCCUAGAGUAUUUCUUAGGAUUGCAGACCAUCUGGAUCUAUGGGAACUUCUGGGGAAAGUGUGCAGUAAGUUGAAUGCCUCUCACACUGCUGUGGGAAACUUCAUCAUACACAGCACAUAUAUGUGACAUCCUCGACUCCAUUUGGAAAACUUAUGGACAGUCUUUGCAAUGAUUUGCAUUCAUUUUACCUCUGAAGGAAGGAUGAUGCUGAGUGGGACUCUCAUGUGCAUUAAAGUGACCAAAAAAAGUGAGCAAAACAUAAAAAUGGGCAAGGAGUGGUCUGGAAAAUAAUAGAAUCCCUUCGUUAAAUGAAUGGAGUGUUGUUUCACCUAGAGCACACUGUUCAUCCCUAUUCAAAAGGGAUAAAAGCAAUAGGCAAGAUAUGAAAAAAAGAUUUGAAGCCUUAAAAAGAAAAUCAUUAGUAGAAAACAACUGGUGUUAGUUCUGCUGCUUAAAUUAAAAUUGUUUACUUUGGAGAGAGCAAAGUAGAUCAGGUUCUCCUGUUAAUCUUUUCAUAAUUGAUUGUGGUCUUUUUUUUAUAUUAAAUUAAAAGGCAAUCCAUUGAAAACUGAUGGAGAAAGUAUGUUUUUAUACAGUGCUUAUUUGGAGCAAAUGUGACAUGGUCCUACUGAGGACUUAGUGGAUUCAGAAAACAUGAAAUGUAAGAACAUCCUCUGAAUUAGAAUGGAUAGAAAUUUAGAAGGUAUAUAAAGCUUAGUAGGAACUGAGCAUGAUUAGGAGGAGAGUUCUGUGAUAUAGAUGUUUCCUUUACAUAGUUAGCACUAAGAAUAAAGGAGACUGAUCCAGUCUGAUCUCCUGUACAGGGUCUUGUUUUCCUAAAUAACCCAAGCUUUGCACGGUUUCUCACCUUGCUAGAAUUCCAUGAAGUGGUAAAAGCCUGAUUUAUAGCACAUUCAUUCCACUCCUUCCUCACAGUCACCUCUAAUGGUUAAGCCUCUGGCAAAGGCUAAGUAAGAGUUGGAGUUAGAUAUAAAUAGAGAUUAAUAAUAAAUGGGGAUAGAAGAAAGUAAAAUGCCGGUGUGAAAUUGACAGGGAGCAGAGUUCUGCAGUCUCUGGAUUACCUCUGCCUGCAGCUCUUCUGGCAGCUGCUUGGAAGUAAAUGGAAACCUGCCUACUGCCACUAAUCAGGCACAGAAGUGACAGCUGGGGGCACCAGUCAAACUUUUUAAAAAUACAGAUGCUUUGCUUUUCCUUAGGCCAUUUCCAGAAAGGUCUGAGAGCAUUUGUAGACAUGAAUGCAGUAAGUUUUUAGAUGCUUGUGUGAAAUAUGUUGUUAGUUUACAGGUAUUUUACAACCGGAAAAAACAAGGUACCAAAAUAUAAUAAAGAAUGUAUGUCUGAGCUGUGCAGCUUGUGACAGCACUAAUGUCUGUCUCUGAUCCUUUGACAAUGAAAGCUGGAAUUGUUUUCUCAAGAUCAGGUGCAGUCUUAGGGUAACCAGGUGUGGGCUCCCUCAGGUUCCUAAGGAACUGCAGAGCAGAACAAGCAAGCUGUAGUGCUGUUUCCUCUUUCACCCUGUGGCAUCUUUAGAGCGGCCAAAUCCCUGGCUGCAGCUCACCUGUCUGCAUGUUUUAAAGUAGCCAGAAUAAGUUAUUUGUUUAGAUCUCAGCAGGUAACCACAAUUGGGUUUAUUUUUUUCCUUCUUAGGACAAGGUGAUGUGUAGUGGAGUUGUGCAUGUUGAUGAUAUUACAUUUAUCUUUGCAGGAAGUUCCAGCUUCUUGUCAGAACCAAGAGUAUGUGAGCAGCUGGAGUUAGUUACGCUGCUUUUCCACCUUACCUGUUUCAGCUGCCCAAAAAUGGUUCACUUGCACCUUCAGGGACAGACACCAGACAACUUUUCUGUGUCACACUUGCUUUAUGUGUUUUACCUUUCUUUGCACACACACCCCCUUUCCAUGCCCUGUGACCCUUUUGUCUGUCGUGCCUCUGUCUGCCUAUACCUCAUUCUCUGUUCCUCCAGCUCCCUUUCUCACAAUUACUAUCCCUCUUUCCCCAUUUUCCCCAUCUGUCUGACCCCUCUGUAUCACAAGAACUCACAAAGACUCCUCUUUGUGCUUCAUGCUCUGCUCUCUGGUUUCCCCUUUUCUCCUGUUUUCCUCUCUGUUUGUCUCUGCCAUGCAUCUUCUCUCUUGCUGUACCAUUGAAAAUCUGUUUCUCUGUUUUCUUUCAUCUCUGGUUCUGUUUGUCUCUGGUUUCUAUUACAUGCACACACAUUUCACAUCAAAAUUUUAUUACCCAGUCUCUUUAAAUUCAAGCUACUCCAUGUCUCUGUGUUAUUUCCCAGGCUGAAAUAUGUGCCCGGGUGCUGUGUUCCAGAGGUGUCAGUGAAGGUGGCUCGUGUGGGUACACGUGAGAUGAGUUGGACCUCCCAUGCACACGCAGUUGAGAUGUAGAGCAAAUAAACCAUGAGCCCUCCCUGUUCCUAAAGGGCUUGGCAGAGCUUUCUGGGUGAUCUAUGACCACUUUGAUGACUGGGGGGGAUAGUCAGAAUGAAUACGAGUAUGUCUUUAACAUGGAAAAUUUAGCAAGGAUGCCACUGGCUUUUUAAGCAUGUGAAACCUAUCCAGUAAUGGAAUUUUGGGUGGAACCUUAAUACAAAUUUUCAUUAUUGAUUAUAUUUGCAGAGGCAGCUACAAUAUGCUCCAUUUGUCACAAAUGAGAGAUGAACUGCUGUGUUGUAGCCUGCAGUCAGUAUCAGUCAGCUAUGGUGAAGUCAGGGUUUGGGUUCUCAUUUCUCAGUGGAUAACAAGGUGACAGUUUUCACUGAUUGAAAACCUGCUUCUGCUUUUCAGCAAAGGGAGCUUAAUCCUUCUAUUUCUUUUGUUAGUCAGCUCCUCUUGUUAGAAGUCAUGUUUCUGUCUCACUUUCCUUAUGAGAAUGCUGUUUACUUUGAUUCCUUUGUAGGGUUGAGCAAGUGUGUGGCUUAGUGCACUAGUUUGCUUCGACCAAAAGCCAUUAUCAUUAUUGAUGAACCUGUCACUGGCUGGCAAGUUACCAGGAAGUGUGCAGAAGUAAAGCUUUCCUUAGGGUGUGCUUUGCUGCAGCACUCUGUGUUAGGUCCUCAGACACACAGGGAUUUUAGGAAAAAAACAUCACAUAGUUAUCAGGUGGAAGAGGGGAAGAAAAAUAAAAUCAGUUCCAGUCUUUAAUUUCAGGUAUUAAUGGCAAAGCUCUCCCACCUAGUGAGAGCCUGUGACAUGUAGCCAAAAGUAUUAUUAUUUAUUAUCCACUUGUGCUACUGUUUUUAUUCUGACAUCUGAUCAGUAAUUGUGGAAAAUAUAUUUCUUUAUGGUACAUGAGGACAAAAAGGAGAAAUUAAGAAGAGUCUCUGUCAAUAACAGUGGCCAUGUGAACAGCAUAAGGGAUUUCCAGUUGUGCAGGCAAAGCUGCAAUGAACAGCAAUAUUCAGGACCUGACUCUAAAUGGGUCUUGAAAUGAGAUGUAGCUCCCUAACAAUGAAAGUGAUGAUGCCUGAAACAGUUAAUGGAAAAAAAAAGAUUUGUCAAUGUUUAGGGUUUUCCAGGGUAGCAUUAGUUGCUUUGGGAAAGGUGUGCUUUAGCAUAGCUUUGAGGACAAGUCCUUGGCAUACUUGUAAGGAAGGUGGUUUAGAUGUUCAGAGCUCUCUAUGGCAGCAGAGAGACUGUGAAAUCUAACUUUGGCAGUUCAGCUGCUUUGCCAACACCUGCUGCAAAUACCAUUCAAUACAGAAAUGUGUUUUCUUUUUCUUGCUUUGUCAUUGUAUCACCAAGGUACAGAUGCUUGUGUCCCUUGGCCUUAUCAGUGCACAGAAAUGCUGGUUCCAUACCUACUGAAAUUGCACAGGGAAGUUUGUUCUCGUUGCACCACCACAGACUUCUCUCAAAAAGAUGUUGAACACAAGACAAGCUCAUAAAGAAAGAUACAUGCUCUUUCUUGACUAGAUCAAAAUGAAGUCUGGACUGUGUGAGCAAACCAACUUAAAAUUCAGUCAUAUUUUUGAAUAGGAGGAACAUGAAGUGAAAUAAUGGGUGAUUAACCCAUGCACACCCAUGUUCCCUUUGACCUGGAAGUUAAUGUUUACACAGUGGAAAUGCACUGCUGGCUUUGGGUUAAAGAUUGUUUAAAGGACAAGGAUGCCCAGUAGCUGUGAAAACGACUAUGCUCAGAGCUUUUAUCUUUCUUUCUGAUACCAUCUGCUCUUCCUGAGGCUUGUUCUGCUGUGGUAACUUGGGUUUGAUGGAUUGUCCUACCCUUGCUGAAUAAAAGGUCAGAUCGCAAAUUCAGUGGCUGUCCAAAAUUAGCACCAGAGUGGGGAGGGACAGAACAAAGCAGUGUGAAUAAAUUUUCUGCUGACUUCUAAGAGUGGUGGUUCUAGCUUGCAGGCAGAAGCAUCACAGCAACGUGAGCAGGUGUCUUCUCCAGCUUCUAUUCAUACAGCAUCUGCUUUUUGGCAGCAAGGAGUAUGUGCUUUCUGCUGCAGACAACUUUUAUGAUCUUUCCUGAGCAAAUAAAUGAUAAUAAUUAA